AAACUCUCUAAAUACAUCCCAUAAUGAUAUAAUUCUCAUUGAAGAAAGGAGAGCAACUGAACUAUAACUCUUGACAUUCUUGUCAUCUUCAGAAAUGGAGGUUGAUCAUGGCACAGGAUUUCAAAGGUUAAGAACAUUGAAGAAAAGUUCUUAGGUUCUUGAACAGGAAUUGUGAAAUGCACUUUUUUCUUUUGCUGGUAGAGACAUAGAAACGAUGAAAAUCUUUCAGGUGAGCAAAGAAAUGUUGGGGUUUGAUUCCAAGAGCUUCACAACAGCUCUCGUUGUGUGUUUAAUAGCUUUGCCUGUGUCAAUAAUGGUGUCAAUGAUUUAUCGAAACUCAAAGUUUGAGAUAAGUCCAGUCUCCGGAGGAAAUGCUCAUUCUGGAGUUGAAUCAGAAAUCCAUUCUGCCGAAUCCGCCAUCUUUCCUACUGGAAAACUGCUAAAUGGAACUUUGGAACCCAGAAUUAACCAAGAAUCAGAUUCAAGAAAUGUUUCCUCUAAACCUACCAGCAAGAAUGCUGACAAACUGCUGAAUGGAAAUUCAAAUCCAGAACUUGACAAAGAAUCAGGCUCAAGAAAUGACUCUCCUCAGGCUCAGCCUACCAGAAUAGCUGAUGAUAAAUUGCUUCAAGGACUUGUACCUCCUGGAAUAUUGGAUGAAGGAUCCUGCUUAAGCAGAUACCAAUCUAUUCUAUAUCGAAAACUUUCAUCACAUAAGCCCUCUUCCUAUUUCCAUUCAAAACUGCGCGAGUAUGAAGAUCUUCAUAAACGAUGUGGACCUUACACGAAAUCUUAUAACCGAACAGUAAGAAGACUAGGAGCUAGCCACACAAGUAGAAGUACCAGUGGGUGUAAAUACAUUGUCUGGAUACCUGCAAAUGGCUUGGGGAACAGGAUAAUAAGCAUGGCUGCAACAUUUCUCUAUGCUAUCCUCACAAAUCGAGUGCUACUUGUUGAUCAUGAAGCCGAUAUGGCUGAUCUCUUCUGCGAGCCAUUUCCUAAUUCAUCAUGGUUAUUGCCUAGAAACUUUCCUCUCAUGCAGCAAUUUGGAGUUCAGAAAAUAAGGAUUGCUCAUAGUUUUGGAAACAUGUUAAAAAGUGGCAUUAUAAAUAUGUCAAUGGAUCAAUCACUGCCUUCACAUCUAUAUCUUAAUCUUGAUCAUAGUAAUUAUGAUCUUGAUAAGAAGUUGUUCUACUGUGAUGAAAGUGAAGCACUUCUCAGAAAGGUAGAUUGGUUGAUUCUGUUGUCAGACCAAUACUUUGCCCCUUAUUUCUUCUUGAGCUCAACUUACAAGGAAGAGGUAAGUAAAUUGUUCCCUGAGAAGGAUACUAUUUUCCAUCACUUGGGUAGCUAUCUUUUCAAUCCCUCAAAUCAGGCAUGGGGUUUAAUCACCAGGUUUUACGAUGCAUACCUAGCCAAGGCUGAUGAAAGGGUUGGCCUCCAAAUAAGAGUAUUUGCUAAAACUACCCCAUUUCAAACUGUUAUAGAUCAAAUAUUUGCUUGUACUCAGAAGGAAAAGCUCCUACCAGAAAUAGAAACACAGAAAUCUGUAGCUUCCCCUUCCCAGUCCAAAAGCAAGACAUCAAAAGCUAUUUUAGUAACAUCUUUAUAUUCAGAGUUCUAUGGAAAUUUAAGUAACAUGUAUUGGACAAGACCAACUAUGACAGGUGAAAUCAUUGGAGUUUUCCAGCCAAGUCAUGAAGAGUAUCAACAAUUUGGGAAUAAUAUGCACAACAUGAAGGCAUGGGCUGAAAUAUAUCUGCUAAGUCUGAGUGAUGUGUUGGUGACUAGUGCUUGGUCUACUUUUGGCUAUGUUGCUCAGGGACUAGGAGGUUUGAAGCCAUGGAUUCUGUACAAGACAGAUGAUAAAACUAUCCCAAAUCCACCUUGUAGAAGAGACUUGUCUAUGGAGCCUUGCUUUCACUUUCCUCCAACUUAUGAUUGCCAAGCAAAGGUGAAAUUUGAUGCUGGUUCUCUGUUUCCUUACUUGAGACACUGUGAGGAUUUGAAUUGGGGAGUGAAGCUGGUCACUGACCGUAAAGAACUUUAGCUGUUAAUUUGACAAAUGAAAUAUUGCUUAUAACUUCAGCUCAUUAAUUGGAGCCUUGCCUCAGUUUUGGGGUCUCUUUAAUUUAGCCGUUAUUGCA